CUACUUCCGUUGCAGCGCAGCCGCCGUCAUUUCUGCCAUUCACUCGGUAGUUUUUUUCGAUUAUUUUCUCUAGCCUUUUCGAAUCGAACCGUACUGCCGGUUACAACUAGCGCUUGAGACGAUUCGUCGAAGAUCAGAAGCUCUUCUAGCAACUGUGUUGUGUGAGGUGGGAGCUCGGAAUCGCGGUGAGCCGCUUCAGCUUCAGCGUACAGGAUGGCGGAAUACAGAAGCAAGGUGCGCUCGAAGAAGGAAAAAUCAGGCGAGACUAUCGCGUACAGCGAGGCUGCCAUGCGGCACAACGGCGCAGUGCUCGAGUACUGCCGGACGUCGCUGGCCGCGCUGUCCGGUUGCACUGCCGGCAUCCUGGGUCUGACGGGCCUCUGGGGUUUCCUCUUCUAUUUCGCCACGGCGCUGGCGCUAUGGCUCAUGCUUGUGCUGCGCACCAUGAAUACCUGGCACCGUUUCCUGCGUAGCCGCACUACCUUCCUCACGACGGGACUGUUCGGCGGGCUGUUCACCUACGUUCUCUUCUGGACCUUCUUCUACGGCAUUGUUCAUGUGUACUAAACUAGUCCGGGCGGCCAUUGCUGGAAUGUAAAGUGCUGCCCUUCGCAAAACGUCGUGGAGAUCUGCCUCCCCAGCGUGAUUGUUUGUGUCUGAUGUUGCCCGAUGAGCUUCUCACGCAAGACGCUGUGGGGAAGCAUCUAAAAGGUGCUGGCACGAGUUUGACCAUAUGUUGACCACACGUUGACUAGGAAGAGGCCAGCUACACUUGUGUGACCCCGUCUAAACGACCAAUGAACAUUUGUUGAGCUCGCAUGACCCGCAGUUUUUUCCCCGAGACACUAGAAGAUGGAGGGACGCAAACGGUCAUUCGAAGCACCACGGCUAUACCAUUUCUAUCAUUUAACCUUCAGCAUAAAAAGUCUGUUUAUAUUUGCUGCAACAGGUAUUGACAUGUUAGUGUUGCAGUAUUACACGUGUGCGCUUUACCGAGACUUGUUUGUUCUUGGUGUUGCUUUGAUGGUGUUUGUUUAUAUGUCCGGUGGAUUGCAUUAAAGAUGUUUGGCUUGUA